GUGAAUAGAUAAAACACAUCUUUUGAACGGUGUCGCUAUAUGUUUAAUGAAAAAUAAUGGGUGACAGUAGCGAUUCAGAAGAAUUUUAUGAUGCUGAAGAGUUUACACCGAUUAAGGGUUCUAAAAGAUCUUCAAUAUGUAAAAACAUCAAUGUAACAGAGACAGACUCAUCAGAAAAGGAUGGAGGAAAGAUUGCAGAGUGUAACCCCACCACCAGUGUCAGUGCUCCCAUCACAGAAGUAACUGCGGUUGAGGAUAACAGGACAACUGUUAAAAAUGUGGUGCAAGGUAGACGCCGGUUUCAGGAGCUGCGCCGCUGCAUGCAGACGGAGGAAGACGACGAAGGCGUCCCAGACGCGGCUGGAUCACUCGACCAUCACACAUCCACUCUCGAACAUCCUUUUAAAAUAAUAGCACACGACACAAUGAGCCUACAGAGCAUGACUUCACUAGGGAGAAUCGGCAGAAUACUCAGCGGCGCUUCAGACUCCCAUUCAAAUAUACGUGACGCGGCUCCUCCGCCGUCUAUAUCGUCGAGGGAGCCAUCGACGACAUCCGACGACCCACUAACUACAGAUAGCAGAAAUCAAACAGUGUUGGCGAUGGCGGAACCGGAUGUGAUAGCCAGCACGAAGGCGAACAGCCUGAAACAGAGCCGCCAGGGCAGCGCCGCGAUCGUGUCCAUGUCGGGCGACACGCGGCCCGCCAGCGUCGCCGGCCCCGUGGCGCCGCCCAGGAGGAAGAAACGAAACAAACUGCACGGCUCACAGUCCCUGUCGACCACGGAUGGUGACAACUUGAGUAUAUGCACCACUGAUACUGACGACUACCGGUACAUGCCGCGUCGACCGCAACCAGUUGAGAAACCACAACUGGAAUCACUGUUGGUGGAGGCGCCGCCGCCGACGUCUGCCAACCUGUCGAUGGCGCUGCCGAGCCCCGCCAGCACCAUCGAGUCCCUCACCAGGGAGUUCCAGGACUCGCUAGAACUAGAACAGAACAGAUACGCAAGCGAUAGAUCUUCAACGAGCGUCCACGAGUCUCGCUCGAGUGAGAGAACGAGCGAAUCUUCUAGAAGCAGUACGACUACCUCUGUACGACAGAGUAAGUCGAACAUGCCCGCUGAAUCUACACUCGAGAUCAAGGAGGCUAUCAGAGGAGAGUGCACAGUUCGUGCUGCGGAUUUAGACAGACGGACUCACAGCGAGGGCCGAAAUCCUCACCCGCAACCAUCACACGGCAGCCUCACACAUGCCACCAGACGCAGCAACUCGGAGUGCGCGGGGGGGGCGCGGCGCCGCUCCGCCGGGGACGAGCAGCAGCUGGGGCUGGCGCUGCGCACGCGCACCGUCUCCGGCCACCGCCUCACCGACAUCGAGAUACUGGAGCAGGUCACCGUGCUCAACCUGGACACGGGUGAACGUGUACCCUUAAGCGUGGCCGAACAUAAACUACCUCAAUGCAUCAACCCACUUAGUCUUCAUAUAAUGCGAUUGACAUCAGAGUACAUAGCCAACAAUAUGGACAACGCAAGAGAGACAGACGAAGAGAGUGAAAGCGUAUGCGCGGGCGGCGCCGAAGACGAAACGAAGGAGGCAAAACGCGAGACGGCAGACCGACAGACCACAGCAAUACGAAGGAAAACAGAGAAGUUGAAGCGAUUCUUCGGCAGUACCGUAAAGAAGACAGUAGACGCGGCGAAGUCUCUAGCUCAGGAGGUGUCCCACGCCCGGCACAAGGAGGACGUGGCCGACAUAGCCGAUGACGUCAGAGGGGAACACAACAUCAAACUGAAGGCGUCCAACUCGCACAAAGGGCCGUACGACUUCGACGGAUGCGUGAGACAUGUGCAGGAGAUGGGCGUGGGCCACAGCGGCGCGGUGUGGUGCUGCAAGUUCAGCGUGUGCGGGCGGCUGCUGGCCACCGCCGGGCAGGACCGCCUGCUGCGCGUGUGGGUCACCAGGGACGCCCACCACAUGUUCCAGGACAUGAGAACGAAAUACGCGGCGGAACAGAAGUGUUCCCCCACGCCGUCGCAAGAAUCGCUCGCGUCACUCGGGGCCUCGCCCCCCAGCCCCGAGGGGCCCCCUCUAGGCCCCGCCGCGCCCUUCUCGCCCAAACCCUUCUGCGUCUACUCCGGUCAUACAUCCGACUUGUUGGACGUCUCCUGGUCCAAGAAUUACUUCAUAUUGUCCAGCUCCAUGGACAAGACGGUCCGUCUCUGGCAUAUAUCCUUGGGCGAAUGCUUGUGCUGCUUCCAGCAUAUAGACUUUGUGACCGCGAUAGUUUUCCACCCUAGGGACGACAGGUACUUCCUGUCGGGCAGCUUGGACGGCAAACUGAGGCUGUGGAACAUUCCUGAUAAGAAAGUGGCCGUUUGGAACGAAGUUGACGGCAAAACUAAACUAAUAACGGCCGCGAACUUCUGCCAGAACGGUAAAUUCGCCGUAGUCGGCACAUACGAUGGCCGCUGCAUAUUCUAUACGACGGACCAAUUGAAAUACCACACACAAAUAGAUGUCAGAUCAACUAGAGGCAAAAACUCGACCGGCAGAAAGAUAAGCGGCAUAGAACCCAUGCCGAACGAUGAUAAGAUACUAGUGACUUCGAACGACAGCAGAAUAAGACUGUACGAUUUGAGAGACUUGAAUUUGUCGUGUAAAUAUAAAGGCUAUGUGAACGUAUCGAGUCAGAUUAAAGCAUCGUUUUCCCACGACGGGAAGUACAUAGUGAGCGGCUCGGAAAACCAAUGUAUUUAUAUAUGGAAGACUUAUCAUGAUUACUCUAAGUUUACCUCUGUGAGACGAGACAGGAAUGACUUCUGGGAGGGCAUUAAGGCUCAUAAUGCUGUGGUGACAUGCGCUGUGUUUGCUCCCAAUCCUGAUUAUAUGAUCAGGAUGAUCACCGAGAGGGAGGAGGAAGCGAAAAUGACUAAUAAGGACGCAGAAGAGAAGGAGAACGUGAAGGGCGUCGACGGAGGAAUGGUGGCGUCAUCGCAAACUGGUCACGUUCUAGUCAGCGCAGACUUCAACGGGUGCAUCAAAGUAUUUGUACACAAAGCUAAACCAAAACACAGCUCGCUGCCAGCCUCCGCUCUAGCGUGAACCGUUACCGAUAUCCAACCUUAUAGACUUUAUAUUUUAUGUGAUUUUAUGAUAUCGUAUGUACAGAAUAUUUUUUAAUAGUGCAUAUUUUUUUAUCUAAGGUUUGGUAGAACUAUUGAAAGUGGUGAACUGUGGGUAUUUCAAUAAAAAUAUGUUGUUGACCUUCCGGUAUAUUUCUAAUAAUAACUACCAACAUUUGCAAAGAAACUUUUUUUUCUUUAUUAUAUUAAUUGUAUGAUUUAUAUCUAAAUAAAUCAUUCAAUUUGCAGUGACGAUUUCAAAAUUGUUGACCUGUUAUGAAAAAUGCAGUUAAAUAGUAAAAAUUAGUAUUGUAACCUCUUUCAGAUGAUAACACGUCAUGCUCGAUCCCCAAUAGUUCGUGGAAUUACUUCUAGAUUAGUAGCAUGAACUGUUUUUGCUGACAUUUAAAUAAUAUGGACUUCUUCGCUGGUAUACACAGCAGUAUAUCAAUUUUAAGUCUUUAAUUGUCAUUAGUUUAAAGCGACAUUACCGAUACAAAAUUUCUAACUUAAAACAUUGAUUAGAGAACUUUCAGUCGUCAUUAAGCCUUAAUGAACGUUUUUACAAUUGGGUGUUAAUUUUUUACUGUCAAAAUUGAUUGCAGUGAUUUGUCGUGUGGUGACUUGUUGUAUGGACAAAUAUACAGCUCUUAUUACAUAGUCGUUGAUUAGAGCUUAGACUUAACAUUU